AAGAAGAAGAGGCGAGGAUGACCCCUGGACCGACCAAAGCCCGCGCGCCGCUGCAUCCCCGCGCCCAGCGCCUGCGUCCGCCGCCGCCGCCGCCACCAUGCCCAAGAGAAAGGCUGAAGGGGAUGCUAAAGGAGAUAAGGCCAAGGUGAAGGACGAACCACAGAGAAGAUCCGCACGGUUGUCCGCUAAACCAGCUCCUCCAAAGCCAGAACCCAAGCCUAAAAAGGCCCCUGCAAAAAAGGGAGAGAAGGUGCCCAAAGGGAAAAAGGGAAAAGCGGAUGCUGGCAAGGAUGGGAAUAACACUGCAGAAAACAGAGACGCCAAAACAGACCAGGCACAGAAAGCGGAAGGUGCUGGAGAUGCCAAGUGAAGUGUGUGCGUUUUUGAUAACUGUGUACUUCUGGUGACUGUACAGUUUGAAAUACUAUUUUUUAUCAAGUUUUAUAAAAAUGCAGAAUUUUGUUUUACUUUUUUUUUAAGCUCUGUUGUUAGUACACAGAACACUUCAUUGUUGUUUUGGGGGAAGGGCAGAGGUCACUAGCAGAAGGUCUCCGGAGCUGGACAGACGGGGGACACCGGAGACUUGCUCUUGGCUCCCCGGAGGGCUUCCCUGCCUUUGACACAGCCACCAGGGCACACACCCUGCGGUGUGGAAAAACUAAAUUUGAUUUUAUGCCCUCUUCCUCCCCCCGUCUGCCUUCAGCAUAGACUUAACUCCCUCAAACCCAGAGACCUGUUGGGACCUGACCCCAGACAAUUCGGUACCAGCAUGACGGGCAAUCUGGACUUCACAGUGACCCCUGAGAUGGGGCCCUGAAAAGAGCAGCGGUUCCUUUUCUAGCUUGUGGAUCUUCAGAUUGACCAUUCUGCCAUUUCAUUUCAUUUCCUGAAAGUCAGGGUCGGCUUGUGAAAAGUUGUUAAACAACAUGCUAAAUGUGAAAUGUCAGCCCUCACUCUAAACUUCCCCUUUCCAGAGCGUCAUGGAGACUUCAUUGGGUUUUAUAGUGGCUUUCUGAUUUUGGUCGUCCAUUGAAGAAGGGAGUUGAAAGUUGUUGUAUACUGUUCACGAUUGUCUGCCCAUGUCCUGCCUGAAAUACCAUGAUUGUUUAUGAAAAGAAUCUUUAAUAAAGCUGGAUACAGUUUGGCUUGGAAAAAA